AUGUUCAAUGAGUUUGUUCAACAGUCGUCUGUAUCCGAUGGUGAUUGGGAGGUUCAUGAUCCCUUUAAAAACUUCAAAUUUACUCGAUAUUUGAAGGAAGAGGUUGUUCAGUCGAUAAGAAAAAAGCAAUAUGAAGAUGGUACGAGCAAAUGUGGUCCAUUUACCAAUCGUGCGUAUACAUUCGUCACAAUUCCUCGAUAUUUAGAAUCGUUUAUGGCUUAUGGGAUGUUGCAAUGUUUGGAUCAUUUACUGGUUAUUUAUACAUUUCUUCCAUUACGUUGUUUCCUCGCUGUACUAAAUUUAAUGCUAAGAAUAUCCAGUGGAAUAUUUCGAUUUUUCACAUAUUUUAAUCUAUACCAUGAUACACCUUCAUCGAAGACUUCACGGUUAACUUUACUGUAUAAUUAUGAAUUACGUGAUCUGAUCAAAUUUUCUUUAUUGUGUAUAUGUACUGUUAUUUUAACAAAAUAUGACAGUUCCAUGGCUUAUCAUGAAAUAAGAACACAAUCAGUGAUAAAAAUUUAUAUUUUUUUCAAUCUACUCGAGGUCGCAGAUCGUUUAUUAUCUGCUGUUUGUCAAGAUGCCUUGGAUGAUUUACUAUUUACGAUUAGUAAACCACGAUCUGAUUCAGUUUUAUCUAAUGAUCUAGAAGAAAAUAGUUUCAUUUUCUGGCGUGAUAUUGUUUUACAGUACUGCUUUGCUUUCUUUUGUCUCAUAGCCCACUGCUUCCUUCUGCUAUGUCAAGUUACUACUUUAAAUGUAGCAUUCAAUUCACAAAAUAAAUCAUUGAUCACUGUGUUUAUUUCUAACAAUUUUGUUGAAUUAAAAGGUAAUGUAUUUCGUAAAAUGGGAAAAACAAAUUUAUUUCAAAUUGCUUGUGCUGAUGUACGUGAACGAUUUCACUAUUGUAUUUGGUUUUCAAUUAUCGUAUGCCGUAAUAUGAAUGAAAGUGGAUGGAAUUUAGAUGAUCUUCAAACAAUUCUCGUUGAUGUAACCUAUAUUCUUCUGUCAGAAGUAGCUGUGGAUUGGGUAAAGCAUUCGUUCAUUACCAAAUUUAAUGUGAUCCCUUCAAAUGUCUAUGAGGAAUAUACUGUGAGCAUUGCUUACGACCUAUUAUUAUGCCAUCAGGGAAAGAAUACAUCAGAUUACUCUGACCUUCUUUCACGUCGUAUGGGUCUUACUCCGAUCCCCCUUAGUUGUUUAAUUAAUGCUAUGCUCUUUCAAACAAUAAGAAAUCCCAGCACUAUUUGCCUUACUUUACCGUUUGUUGUGUCUAUACUAUUUGCAGUUAAAGUUGCAACUAACCUUACCCUUAUGUCCAUGGCUUAUUCUCAUGUACGUGAGUACAUAAAUGCAGCAAGUACUAUUCAACUGGAUGAAAAUUGUUCCUUCAACAAUGAUAAAACUGCUGGUGUUUUCACAACUACAGAAAAAGUGAAUAUGAAACAGUCUCAACAUAUUCUUUCAGAAAAGGAAAUUCGGACAUCAUCAAGAAAGCCUCCUUUUGGUUUCACAGGUUAUGACCAACCAACUAAAGAUGAAGAUUGCUUUUUGCCGACGGGUCUUAGGUAUCGGAAAUUCAAAAGCGACUCAGGUCCCGUAGAUAUAACAGUCAAUAUGAACAUAAACCACUCACUAACUUCUGAAGAUACAUCAGAACUCACUGGAAACAAGCUUAGAGUGUUAAGUCCUAUUUCUACGGGUAGCAUUUGGAAUGAAUUGAUUGAACCAUAUCAAUCAAUUAUGGCUUCUGCAACUGGAACCCCAAAGAGUCCAUAUGAACUUAAUGAAUCAGCUCCAUUAACACCUCUUAGUCGAAUAGGGUCAGCAAAUCGGAUAUUCAAUUCUGGGAAUAAUAAGUCAGAAAUCGAGUGCGAACGUGGUUUCCAUGGUUCAUGUGUGUUCCAGACUGAAGACAAACCUCAGUUUACUGCUUACACAAAUACUCCAAUUGCUACAUUACAUCAUGAGGGAUUACAUGUACGCAACAGGUAUGAGAUGACUAGUAUCUUAGAAUUAUAUAGCAAUAAAGACGAGUCAUUUACAACAAUGGUACGACCCCCUAGUGCUUGUGUUUUAUUAAGACCAAGGUAUUACAGUAUCGAUCUAGGUAUCCUGAGUACUUUUUUGAAGUCUAUGGAAUGCAAUGUACGUGCUACAGAUGAAACACCAAUUAAAGACGGAAAUGCUCAGGAAAAUGAAUCAAAGCCUGCUUAUACUUUCAAUCCUAUACACAAACGUCGGAUACGUACAAUGACUGAAAGUUCAGGUACUGCCCCUUCACAUCCUCCAAGGGAUCCUACAAUACCAAUUCUAUGGGAACGAAGCAGUAGAAAUAGUACAGCCAACCAGUUCGGUUUGGAUCGACUGAAACCAAUAACACCUGGACGAGUAAAGCAGCCAUUGUCUGAUAUAGAUCGUUAUUCAAUGGUAGAAGGACAAAUUAGUUGA